CUUCUCUCUGUCUCUUCUUUCUUUCUCUGUUUUUGUCUGGCUUUCUUUUCUCUGCACUGGCCACCCUCCCCCACCCCAGGGUAAGACUUUAAAUUCUUCCCAGGCAGCUACAUCUGUGUAAGACGUUCCCUCCUCACCAAACCCUGAACAUGAGGAAAGGCUGACAUUGCUCUGUUCACAUAUUGCCUUUGGUAGUAGAGUAAAGGAGGCUUGGUGAAUCCUUGCUCUGGGCUUGCUUUGUGUCCUCUAGCUCGCCAGCUCUGCAUUUCCUUCUUUCCUCUUACACAUACUAGAGGAACAGGCGCUCUGGAGGAAUUCUGACUGACGUGUAGCAGUGCCCAGCUGUCCUUUGGAGAGAGCAGUAGCCAGACUUAGUCUAGAGACUGACCAGCCAUGACCGCCUAGCCGUGGGGUGAGAUGGAACGCUUCACCGACUCUGGAACUCAAACGGAUGCGGUGGUGGUGCUGUCCCUGGCCCAGGCCGCUGUCUUGGGCUUGGUGUCCGAGAACGAGUUCUUCGGCGCAACCAUCAGCCCCGGAGGCUUCUUUCCAGGGCUAGGAAAUGAGCUUGCAGACACAGCCACGGUGGAACCGGAGGAUCCGGAAGGGGCUUACAGGCUGCAGAAGGAAGGCUGCGUCCCAGCCGAGGCGCCGGAGGAGGAGGGGCUGGAGGCAGAGACUCCAUUUGAAAAACAUACCCGGAGGAGGAAGCGGCCCCCGGUGAGGCUGGUGCCCAAGGUCAAGUAUGAAAACCCUGCGGGUGCGGAGGAGGAGGGGGCGUACGAAGUGUCCGUCCCUGGCGACAGCAAGGAGGAGACGCAGAACAGCCACCCGCCCAGCCUCGAGGAGUCGGGCUGUGAGAAGACCGUGCAGAGCAGUGCCAUGAAGAUGAUUGACCUGAGUGCUUUCGGCAGGAAGCCCCGGCGACUGCGGCAUCUGCGCAGACACGUGCGGCAGGACGUGGGCCUGGGGAGUUACGACCCCGUCCAGGUUGGUUACGCUGAGGCCAGCGUGGCCGGGGCUCCGGCAAGCACCGGGCCAGAGGCCCUCGGAAGCGAGUGCAGCUUCGAGGCGAACGCUGCGUCUCUGGAGGCGCCCAUGCCCGAGUCGCCGGAGCAGGGGAAGAGUGAGCAGGGCUUUGCGUGGCAGGAGCCAGCGGAUUUUGACGCAGACGCAGCUGGAGUUCACACGGAGCGCAAUAAAAAAGCCCAGCUGGACCGGCUGGACAUCAACGUGCAGAUCGACGACUCCUACCUGGUGGAGGCCGGGGACCGCCAGAAGCGCUGGCAGUGCCGCAUGUGCGAGAAAUCCUACACCUCCAAGUACAACCUGGUGACGCACAUCCUGGGCCACAACGGCAUCAAGCCCCACUCCUGCCCGCACUGCGGCAAGCCCUUCAAGCAGCCCAGCCACCUGCAGACGCACCUCCUGACGCACCAGGGCACGCGGCCGCACAAGUGCGACGUGUGCAGCAAAGCCUUCACGCAGACCAGCCACCUGAAGCGGCACAUGCUGCUGCACAGCGACAUCAAGCCGUACAGCUGCCACUUCUGCGGGCGGGGCUUCGCCUACCCCAGCGAGCUGAAGGCCCACGAGGUGAAGCAUGAGAACGGGCGCUGCCACGUGUGCGUGGAGUGUGGGCUGGACUUCUCCACGCUGACGCAGCUCAAGCGCCACCUCUCCACGCACCAGGGGCCCACGCUCUACCAGUGCCUGGAGUGCAGCAAGUCCUUCCACUACCGCAGCCAGCUGCAGAACCACAUGCUGAAGCACCAGAACGUCCGGCCCUUCGUCUGCACCGAGUGCGGCAUGGAAUUCAGCCAGAUCCACCACCUCAAGCAGCACUCGCUCACGCACAAGGGUGUGAAAGAAUUCAAGUGUGAGGUGUGUGGGCGUGAGUUCACCCUGCAGGCCAACAUGAAGCGGCACAUGCUCAUACACACCAGCGUCCGUCCAUACCAGUGUCACAUCUGCUUCAAGACCUUCGUGCAGAAGCAGACCCUCAAGACCCAUAUGAUCGUGCACUCGCCCGUGAAGCCAUUCAAAUGCAAGGUUUGUGGGAAGUCCUUCAAUCGCAUGUACAACCUGCUAGGACACAUGCACCUGCACGCAGGGAGCAAACCCUUCAAAUGCCCCUACUGCUCCAGCAAGUUCAACCUGAAAGGCAACCUGAGCCGGCACAUGAAGGUCAAACACGGGGUCAUGGACAUCAGCCUGGACAGCCAAGAUCCCAUGAUGGAACUGACCGGGGCAGAGCACACGGAGCUGGACGCCCAGCAGGAAAUGGAGGAGUACGACGAGGAGAACGCCUAUGACUACGCAGGGGUGGGCAACCCCCCGGACGAGAACGCCCUGACGGAGCAGGCCAUGAAGGAAAUGGCCUAUUACAACAUGUUGUAGCUGAGACGGGGGCCAGGCCCAGCCAGGUGCAGGGCCGCGAGAGGGAGUGACAUGGGGAAAGCAAGCUCCUGGGCCCCGUUGUAGCAUCCAGAACCAAAAGCCAGGCUGAGCCCGGCCUGCCCCCUGGCGCUCGGCUGAGCCCAGGGAAGCUGAUGCUCCAUGGUGAAGGAGGAAAUGGUGAAGGCUCUGAGCCCUGACAGUGCCAGGCUGGAGCUGGGCUGCAGGAAGUGGUCGCCUUUAGCCACUGGCUCCUGCGGCUGUCCAGGCGCCAGUGGGACUGGGCCUGCCUCUCACCUGGGCCAUCCCCUCUCAGGACCCCUUUUUGUGCCGCCCCUCGCCUGGGGGAAGAGCAGAGAGCCCCGUGUUCAUUCCUGCCUGUUCAGGCACUGGACCGGCCUGCAGUCUCCGCUGUGCAGGGGGAGCAUAGUGCUCAGGCCGUGGCACCGGGAGGGAGCGCUGGCUCCUGGGCUCCACCCCGGCGUGCACUGGAAGAGAUGCUCUCUGGCUGCCAUACUUGAAGCCCCAGGUAGGGAAAGGCUUGGUCCAGAACCUGCUGAGCAUUAAUUAUUCUACCUCCUCCCUAGUCUGCUGUGGUGGGGACUGCAGCCCAAUCCUGGCUCGGAGACACUUGGACUCAGCCCGCAGCCAGUCCCACUUUAUCCCCCGCUCAGCUCUGCAGCCGCCCCCCACCCCAGGAAGCAGCCAUGUGUGGGAGGAGGGCUCUCUUGCUCUCCUCCCUUUGCCCACACUGGGGCCAGGAACACUUGCUCUGGCAUCCCCCAGGAGCGGGAGGGAGAGCUGGAGCCGGCCCUGUACACAGAGAAUAUUUUCUUAUCGACCCCGGGGGAGGCCCGGGGCUGGGCACUGUGUUAAAGGACAGACCUGUACAAAGCUGAGAAAUGGUGGUAUUUUGAAAGUAAUUUAUUUUUUUCAGAUGCGCUGAGCGGUUAAAGGAUAAAUCCAGCCACCUUCCUUUGUAAA